AGUCCAUCAUAACAGAGAACAAAAAGAAGAUGACAUGAACACUUUGUAGGUUAUGUUUAUGUCAAGAUUCCACUCACUACAUAAUUAAAGCUUUCUUAAAUUACAUAUGUAAUGUUAUUAAAUUUAACGAUAAUAUAUAAGCUAAUAAUUAUUGUAGUGGGUAAUGGAAAAUAAUACAAAAAAAUCUGUUUUAAUUGAGAAUUCUAAAAAUACUGAACAUGCUCAACGUCCGAAAAGAAAAAAAGAGUCAACUAGUAAUAGUGGCCACUGUAAUUUUUUUGUGUUGCGAAAAAAGCGUUUUUGCAAGAUGACCGUAAAAGAAGGAGAGGAAUAUUGCGGUGAACAUAAAAAGAUUGAUUCGGAUAUAGAACCUAAUACUGAUAUCAGUAAAAACUCUCCAGUGCGAAUCAUUUGCCCUUUGGAUGGUAAACACACUUGUUAUGCUCAUAAUUUGAAAAAACAUUUGAAAAUAUGUAAUGCUAGACCCAAGCCAACAGAUCCCUAUAUUUCCAAAGGAGUUAAUUAUGCCGAUUCAGAAGAAGAUAAUUCAUAUAAACUAUUAUCUACAUUUCCAGAAGAUGACAUAUUGAAAACAAUUUCAAAAGUUGAUACUGUUUAUAACAAAUAUAUAGAGAAACAUAUUUCUGAACAUUAUUCAAAUCACAAAUUAUUAGAAGAUGAAAUGUUGAAACCUGGGUAUGGAUUUAAAACUAAAAAACAUCUAAAACAAGUUUCAUCCAUUUUGGGAUUAAUUACUGAAUAUGAAAUGAUGAAACGUGCAACUUGUUAUAUUGAAUUUGGUGCAGGUAAAGGACAAUUGAGUUUUUGGCUAGCUAAAGCCUGCGAAGAUAACAAAGAAUCAAAAGUUUUACUUAUCGAGAGAGCAUCACCCAAACAUAAAAAGGAUAAUAAAAUAGCAAGAAAUUCAGACAAAGUUUGCAGGAUAAGAGCAGAUAUAUCGGAUAUAAUUUUGGAUAAAGUGAACAUUGUAGGUGAAUGUUCUAACAUCAUAGGUAUAACGAAACAUCUAUGUGGUGAAGCAACAGAUUUAGCAAUAAGAAGUCUAAUGAAUAUUAAAGAAAAUAGCUCUAAAGUGAGAGGUUGUAUUCUAACAUUCUGCUGUCACCAUAGAUGUCGAUGGCUCCCUUAUACAGGAAAAGACUUUUUUAAAGAAAAUAAUUUGAACAAAAAUGACUUUGAUAUAAUGUGUGGAAUGGCAAGUUGGGCAACCUGUGGAUCAGGUUUGAGUAGAGAAGUACGAAAAGAGAUCUCAGAAAAGGACUUGCGGUUGAAUCAAAGAGAUCUCAGUAUGGGACUAACUCGAUCAGAAAAAGAAGAAAUCGGCAGAAAAAGUAAAAACGUUUUAAAUUGGGGACGUGUAGAUUAUUUAAGUAAAUUUAAUUUCAAAUGCAAUUUACAUUAUUAUGUAGAAACUGGUAUAACUUUGGAAAAUGUUUGUAUAGUAGCAGUUAGAUAGAUACAUAUUAUAUUCCAAUAUAACUCCAGUUAACUGGAAAUCGGCAUGAUAAAAUAAGAAAUGAUGUAUCAAAAAUGUAUUCUACCUUCCUUUUCACAACUACCUUCCUGGCUAAUAUAUCGACGAAUAUUGAAUUACAUCUCCUCUGAAGAGUUUGUUAUACCACACUGAUGACACGUAAUAACGUCGAACCUAGUCAGUGGUUGCAAUCAUCUCCUUGCAAAUGCGAGAUAUUGAGGAUGUAAUUCAAUGUACGUCGCAGCAUUAACCAGAAAAGUAGUUGUUUUCUCCUUUGAAGAACGCUAAACAAUAAUUUCGAAUUAUUAAAAUUCUAAAUAAUACAAAGGUGGCAAAUAUAUUUUACAUGUAUUCUUUUUAUUUCAAAGAAAAAGAUGUACAAUUCUCAGGCGAUUAUAUAUAAUUUCUUCAGA